AUGGACAAAGGCGACAAUACUGGCCGUGGGUCGUUUACGCUCUGUCAGCUUGCUGAAGAGCAGUCAUCUAUCACUCUAGACGACCAGAGAGCUCAUCUAACAGACACCUCUCCUCUCAGCGCCAGGGGCAGUAUUCAAGACAACGCAACAAUACCGACUUCCGAGAAGCUACCUGAGCAACGCACGCAAUUGCCUGACAGACCAAACCUGCUUACUGUGAGCAUUAAAGACUUCAAAGAGCUCAUGAUCCGAGUCCUCCUCGAUGACUGGAAAUUGAGAGCUCGGGUUGUGCACACUCCUGGUCAAGUCGAUAUAACGGCCCUUUGGAGUCCACAAAUCGCUGGUAUCGAAUCGGCUCGGCAUGGAAUGAUAUCGUUUGACGGCUUUGACCGCACUUGGUUUGUUCCGUUUGAUUCGGAAGUGCCUUUACCUGCAGGCAAGCAAAGUAUUGCAGACAAUAUCGACAAUCGCCGGACUGAGCUUAGCAGGGCGCACUUUAUAAGACAGGGCAUAGAGGAAGGGUUUCACGACAAAUUAAAACGUGUCUUUGAAGAUGAGGUCAAGGAGACGUGCCAAAGUCACUGGGACCGAAAUUUCGGAUCAUGUAUGGCACCCAUGCAGUGGGACGAGGUACGGCAGAAGUACGAGCUGGUGGAUCUGGUCACCAUGAUAGCUGAAGCUCGAUUGAAACAUGGAAUAGAGCCGCUGCCCGGAUACUAUGAAGCCAUGAUCCUUGAGUUGGGAAUUGAUGGCAAGAUAACCUUCCAGCGCAAGAGUGUGCCGUCCGAUAUUGACGUUGGAGGACUAAUCUCGCGCCUGGAAAGCUGGUAUCCCCAAAAUGACGAGCAUAGCACCAACAUCAUCAAGCACUUCUGUCAUAAACUUAACUUCAUCUCGGACCACGGCGAUGAAGCUCAGAAGCGGAAAUGUCAACUGAUGUUCCGACAGUUGACUCGCUGCAUCGAGACACAGAAGACAGAAUGCGAGCUGUCUCAAUGGGUGUUCAAGCUAUGGUGCAAGCCCGACUACAGUGUGCCUCCCGGGAAAUCACCAGACAGGGUUGGCACAUGGAACAAGCUGAAGGAAGAUACAUAUCAAGACCUCCUUGCUGGAGUCAUCAACAGAUACCCAGUUUUCGUUCGAAAGAUUCGAGUUCGACGGUGGUGGUCCGAGUUGGGAGUGCUUGAGAAACAAAUUGAAACGAGUCAAGGCGAAACUGGCUUCUCAGCAGAGCAGCUGGCUAUGUUGGACGAACUGCUCGCACGCCGCACUGAUGAGGAGCAAGAUGCCAAGUUCAAGGAGGCUCUGGACAUGGCGAAGAUGGCAAUGAUACGAAGCGAGCUACCGAGUAUUUCACUGUCAACAUUUUAA